CUAAACGAAAGUGACAAUACUAAGUUCGAACAUAGAUGCAUAUUUUAAAUUGAUUUUUAAGUAAUAAUAUAAUAUGACUAUUCAGGAAUAUAAUUGAAUUAUGGAUAAUACAGAAAUAAGUGCUCUCCAAACAGAAGUGGAGUUCUAUAGGAACAACCAUACUAUCGUCGAACAAGAGAUCAAAAUGCUGAUCGCUGACAAUCAAAAGCUUUCGCAUCAGCUCGGUGUGCUGCUUAAAGAGAAACUGGAGAAUGAGAAGCAGUCGGCUGAUUCUAAUCAAGAACAAAGCAAAGAGCUAGAUGAACUCAAGAGACAAGUCGCUUUAUUUACUAAGGAAAGGGAUUCUCUCCACGUUUUAUGGCAAACAGCUCAGAGGACUAUUGAAGCUUUAGAAACUGAGUUAAAAACUUACCACUGCUACGAUAACAGAGGGAAGCAGCUAAACGAUAUGGAAAAUAAAAGAGAACUGGAAUUAAAACUAGAAACAGCGCUAACAGAUUAUAUAGAAUUAGAAGCGAAAUAUAAAGAACUGCAAACAAAGAAUUCGACGUUACUCAAUGAUGCUAAAAUUAAAGAGAAAGAGAUCGCGUCCUACAAAGAAAGAGGUAAGGAGUUGGAAAUUAAAAUAGAGGAACUUACGAAAAAUUUAGAAGAAUACAAAAUUAACUUAGCAGCAGAGAAGAAAAGUAGGGAAGACUUAAAAAAACAAUUGGCUUUCAUUCAGAAAGAGUUGGUGGAAAAAAUAAAAAAACAUGCGGAAGCUAAGUCAAAGGUCGCAGAAGCUUUAGAGCUUUACGAUAUUGUAAGGAAACAGAAGAAUGAUGCAAACGCAACCAUUAAACAACAGACAGCCGAACUAAAUCGGGUCAAACGUGCCCUGUGCAGUGUCAAAGACGACUUAGAAGCUGUAUACAGAAAGGAAAUAGACGAAAUGAAAGACAAAUAUAACGAGAAAAUAGUUGAUAUGCUUGUACAUAUAAAGAAUCUUGAUGCCGAAUUAGUUGAAAAGGGAUUACUUCUAAAUAAAGUUCAAAGGGAAAACCAAAUAUUAAGUCAAGCAAAUGAAAAUUACAUUAAACAACAUAAUGAAGAAUUGAAAUCGUUGGAGCCGAAAUUGAGAAUAGCCGAACAGCGAAUGGAAAUAAUGUUUCAGGAAUUGGUAUCAUCGGAGAGACGAAAUGUCCAACUCGUGUGCGAGAAGCAAUGCCUGGCGCUCGACGUACAAAGAAUUCAAGAGAUACAAGCUAGAGAAACGAAGCGUAGAGAUUGGGAAGAAAAAUUGUUGAAGAAUCGCUGCGAAGAGCUCACAUUGCAAUUGGAAAACUCUCAAAAGUCCCUCAAUGAAACACACGAAAUGGUGAAUAAGCUUCAAGCAAUGAUGUCCUCUAGAGCGGAACUCAGCCAAAAGAUAAUUUCAACCAAAGAAGACGAAUUGAACGAACUGAAUAAGCAUUUAGAAAAUCAAAUGGAGCUCAGUAAAAAGUGGAAAGAGUCUUACGUGGAAAUGACCGAGAAACUCAAGAAGCAAUUGAACGAUUUAGAAAACGAGAACAGCGAAUUGCGAAUGCAACUGAAACUUCCAAAUUCAGGAUUAAUUCACGACGAUAGUACGGAGAGCUGAUACGAAUAUUUUACGGAAAUUGAGCUAAUAUGCAAUUUAUUUGUUACAUACUGUAUGAAAUCGCACCUGAUUUUUUGUUGUAAUUUAAAAUUUUAAACCGACCGACUCUACUGUGGAUUAGUCUAGUAUUUGACCUAGUAUUUCGGUCUGGUCUAGUCUACCUAAAGGAGGUAAUGUUUCUUGAGCUUAUGUAUGUCUUUGACAUGCUCUACAGCCUAAAAUUUCCAGAUUAUAACAGCUGUCUGCCAAUUGUCAUGUA